AACGGUCGCUUAUCAGACAACUCUGAAACCAAUGUCUCGCUGCACCCAGUGUCAAGUUCGUACAAAUGGAGCAAGAUAACUUCCGACACAGACACAAGUUCCCACGAUUUCCGCGAGUCAGCUCAAAAGUAACGUUUUAGAACUCGCGGUGAAUUUUGACGCAGGUGCAGCUCUAUAAAAUCUUUUAGAAAAUCCUUAAAACUUUGCAAUGUUGAACCUACGCUUGCAACUGCUCGCGGCGAUUGCUUUCAGCGCGCUGUCAUGGACCCAAGCGGCCAGCAUAUUUUCGGGCGCUUCGUUCAGUCGCAUUGUGGGUGGUUCGUCGGCAGUUGAUAUUAACAUACCGUACAUCGUCUCACUGAGGUCGUUCAGCUUCCACAUUUGUGGCGGUUCGAUAAUUAAUGGAUACACCGUAGUCACCGCAGCGCAUUGCCUGGUGGCCAGCGAAGCUAGCGACUUACAAAUUCAUGCCGGCGCAAAGACCCGUUCCUCACACGAGGGCAUGUUGAUUAACGUUGUUGCGAUACAUUAUGAUCGGCGCUUCAGUAUGGAGACUAUGGACUACGAUAUCGGUUUGGUUCGUCUAGCUAAUCCGCUCAUUUUCAGUGUACGCAUACAGCCAAUCGCUUUGCCCGCUGCUGGCGAGUUAGUGUUGGAUGAGGAUAUCGCUUUGGUGGCCGGUUGGGGUUACAAGUCCGCUUAUGGGCCAGGUUCUUACGUUUUGCGGUACGCUCGUGUUCCGAUUGUUAAUCAGACUGUGUGCAAUGAGCAGAUGGAAGGAUCCAUAACUGAUCGCAUGAUCUGCGCUGGCUAUGAUAAAGGUGGAAUUGAUGCCUGUCAAAUGGACUCGGGUGGUCCGCUGGUGGUGGACGAGAAACUUGUGGGCAUCGUGUCGUGGGGUGUUGGCUGUGCGCGUCCUAAUAAGCCCGGUGUUUACACACGCGUCUCAGAGCUGAUCGAUUGGGUGCAGACCACUCUGGCAGACAACUACGCGGACAGCAUUCCAAGAGAUAGGAAGAAAUAAAAAAGCAAUUGCGGAAACCAAAGAGAACUAUUUGUGUAAAAUUUAAAUUUAUUAAAUUUAUUCAAAUAAAAAUUGGUUUUAUGGAGAUAUCAUUUAAAAGGAAUACUUUUUAAUUAUAUAUAUAUAAUUCGAUAUAAAGGCACACUAUAAAUAAUAGGUAGCAAAGAGAUAUGUUUUUAGAAAUUUUACAGUUGAAAAUUGAUGGAUUGCCACCUUUUUAAAAUUUUAACUUAAAAAACUUGAUAAUAUAAACGAAUUAUAAAAAUAUAAGCAUUAAA